GCUACAGGGUGGAAGUGGAAGGGACAGCCCCUCAUUAUGCUUAUCAAGCAAAUGCCACUUCCCAGUCACUGCUUUUGAGGCUGAGGGUACCUCGGUAAAGAAGGCUGAGUCCCUACCUGAACAGAAACAAUAGCAUUGCAGUUAGGGAAACUCAGGGGUCCUGUCGGUAUUUUCCACCCUUGUGUGCACGUCUGUCAUAGCUCUUGCCACAGUAGACUUUGCCAUCGUGUCUCCUAACCGGGUGCAAGAUGUACCCGUGAUGAACCAUCAGUAAGUGCGAGCACUGAUGUUGCGUUGUCGAUGCAUCAUUUCCGUGUGCCGAGUUAACUCAGAGUGUGGACUACGGCACAUUCCCAGUAAUGUUUGUGAAGUUAUAUUUGGGCUUAAGGACAUGAGGAUAGUGGAAUAGAGCUAGAGCGUGUUACGCCUCGAUGUUGGCAUUGGGUGGCUGAUGAUGUAUUGUACAGACAGGGAACGUGAGGAGCGACUUUGGGGUGGGCAGGGCUUAGGUUUCACAGGUUAUUUUUGCCUGCGUGGAAUAGUUCGCUAUUCAAAAUCUGGUAGGCGAUUGCAUACCUGAGUCUGGCACUGAGGGAAGCGAUCUCUGGGGAGAUACAGAUUUGGCAUCAUCCGCAUUUAGGAGAUACCUGAAACUAGUAGAGGUUGAAAUAACCCUAGAGAAGAGGGUCUGGGGAAUGCCUCGUUUGAGAGAGGAAAAGGCAGCUGCUGAUGGCAGUAUGAUGGAAAAUGAGGUGGAAGUGAGAAGCAUGAGGUAGAGGGUCAGGAAUACAGGUUAGGUUUCUUUGGCUGUGUGAUCUGUCAUUCAGUGAUGAGAAUUCAGGCUUACAGAGCCCUGUCUCUGUCAGACAGUGUCUCAACUCAAUCAUGUGAUGUGGGCACUGAUUUUUGUCCCUGCUUUACAAGUGAGAAAACGCUUGUAGGUAAAACUUGUAAAGCUUCAACAUGGCUUUAGAAUAGUCUCUCCAGGUGGGAGUGGGAGCUGUGGUUCUGAGCAUAGCUGAAGUAAAGAGAUGACAUAGGGUAAACCACUCUCAGAAGAUCUAGGUGGGGACAAGAUUCCAGCCCCAUGAUUCAGCAAGUGCUAUCCAGGUUGGUGGUGAAUAGAGAAGGAUAUGGUGACAAGACCCCCCUCCCCUGAGCUGAUCCCCUUUCUACAGCCAGGAGCCAAUGGCCGGGGACAGAGCCAAACCCUGUGAGCUGGACCAAGAGAAAUACGAUGCCGAUGACAAUGUGAAAAUCAUCUGCCUGGGGGACAGCGCUGUGGGCAAGUCCAAACUUAUGGAGAGAUUUCUCAUGGAUGGAUUCCAGCCCCAGCAGCUGUCCACGUACGCCCUGACCCUGUACAAGCACACGGCCACGGUGGACGGCAAGACCGUCCUUGUGGACUUCUGGGACACAGCAGGCCAAGAGCGGUUCCAGAGCAUGCACGCCUCCUACUACCACAAGGCCCACGCCUGCAUCAUGGUAUUUGAUGUGCAGAGGAAAAUCACCUACAAGCACCUGAGCACCUGGUAUACAGAGCUUCGGGAGUUCAGGCCAGAGAUUCCAUGCAUUGUGGUGGCCAAUAAAAUCGAUGGUGAGGCCACCCUACAUCUGGGUGCCAGCAAUUCAUGGGGGGGCCCGCCAUCACACGUCUCCUCUUCCUCUCCUGGGCCAGCGAACCAUCAACGGUCCAUUCUUUUUCGCAACAUACAGCCCCUGGCUGCUGGCCAUCACUGCCCUCCCAGUAAGGAUCCAACAGACAUAAAGAUGACCCAGAAAAGCUUCAGUUUUGCCAGGAAGUUCUCCCUGCCCCUGUACUUUGUCUCAGCUGCUGAUGGUACCAACGUUGUGAAGCUCUUCAGCGAUGCAAUUCGAUUAGCUGUGUCUUACAAACAGAACUCCCGGGACUUCAUGGAUGAGGUUUUGCAGGAGCUUGAGAACAUCAGCUUGGAGCAGGAGGAGGAGGAUAUGCUGCACAAAGAGCGGCGUGGCCGCGCCGAGAGCCCGUCUCCCUCCUGAGUCCCGGAAGCGGGCCUCCCUCCAUGGCCGACCCGGCGGGGAGGGGGGUUCAGAAUACCCCUCCCGCCGGCGGUCCUUCAGCUCCCACUUGAGACCUUCCUCCAGGCCAUCCCCUGCUACACCUCCCACAGAGCCAACCACCCCAUUUGCUCCCCCACUUCCGUGGCCCGUGAGACCUGACCCUGCACAGUUGUUCCCUCCCCUGUGGUCAGGGGCAGGGAAGGGGUCAACGCCAGCAAGUGCCGUCAACAGGUGUGAGGUCCACACCAGACCCUGAGGCAGAAUUAAGGAUGGACCCUCCAGGUUACGUGGGACAGUGAAGAAAAUCGGGGAACAUUCUGUGUGUGUCUCUCAAAUAAAAGGAAAUUUAGGUGGUUUUUUUUCCCCUCCCAGAACUGACCUCAGGGCCUAUCCGUUGCAUUUCUACCAAGGGAAUGAUUUCUAAUUCCUGACUCUCCUUUUUCCUCUUUAGUCUCCCAACGAAACCAACCAUUUUAAGAAAAUGGCUUUGAGCAGAGAGCUGUUCAUUCCAUAAGUUUUUCCAGAGUUCUUCUAGGUACAGCCAGUGCAUUGAUGAACAGCGAGGCCGAGAUCCCAGGCCCAAGUUUGUUGUUAACAUCACGUGAAAGCAGGGGACUGGCCUGGCCAUACUUAGUAACACACAGACCUCGUAGUUGUAGACAUCAAGGGGCAAUGCAGCCACACCACAAGGCGCACCUGUUGGCGUUGUAAGAAACUGACUUUAGGAAAGCUUCCUUUAAAACCUCUAUUUCAACAAGGGAGGAUUUUUCUUUUUUUGAGGACUGGUGUGGACAUUGUGCCUCCUUGGGUGGCAAGGGCUGCUGAGAGCUGUUACGCUGCCUUUUCCAUUUACCUCCAGGACUUGUGGUCCACUAGGAUGUUUUUAUGAUCAUCUUGUACAUCAUUUCCAUUUUUUAAAUUUAUUUUUAUUUACAUUGAAUAGACGUGCAUGCUUUGUGGAUAUGGAUUUCUCGAGCAAAAAGUCACAAGAGAAUGAGCGGAUCAUCAGCCACGUUAAAAAGGGGAGGCUGCCGUGAUCUGUCAUGUUCUCGCUUCAUUUAUCGUCACAGAGACCAUCUCAGUGGAAUUUAGUGUUUUUACAAGAAUGGGUGUUUGUUUGGGAGUCGAGGACAAGCAUCUUUACCCUUUAGAUUACUGAUGCUUACAAUUUCAACUUCACAGAUUUAACCCGACUGGGAAAUUUCAGGAAUGCGUUACCCUGGUGAGAUGUACUUUUAAAAACAACAACAAAAACAACCCUUUAGUUAUUAUAAAUGAUUAAUAAGUGUGUUUUAAAUAUAAUGGCUUCACUGAGAUAUAAUUCACCAUCAGUAUUGGUUUUACGUAACCAUUUUGCACCAGGUUCCCUAGAAGCAAAGCCUGAGAAGGCAACUCUCGUUCAGAGGACUUAUCGCGGCAGUUUUCUGUCUCUGCCGGGGACCAGCGUCAGUCUCCCCCUUCCUAGGGAAGCUCUGGAGGACGAGCGCCCCACAGGGAUGGUCCCACUUUGAGACCAGGGGCCUUUUUGUGCCAGUUGGCCAAGUGUGUGAGGAGGAGGAGGGGAUGACACGUAGUGUCCGGGGCAAAGCGGCUCCUGUUUCAGCCAGGACAGUUCCGUGGGGAAAGGGCAGCUGUGGGUUUCAGCACUCAAAGUAGGCAGGGGAUACGUGCUCGGGCAGGGUGCCAGCAACAUCCAUGGCCACCUACCCAUGCAUGGCUCAUAUCCACCUGCUUCUUCAAGACCAUUUCAUCCUGACAUACAGGAACACCACCCCUGAGUCUUUUUUAAAUAAUUUAUUGAGGUGAAAUUACAUAACAUAAAAUUAAAGUACACCAUGCAGUGCCAUUUAGUGCAGUUACAGUGUUGUGCAGCUAUCACCUCUAUCUAGUUCUAAAACAUUUCCAUCACUCUGAAGGAGAACCGCUUACUCAUUAAGUAGUUUCUCUCCAACACUCCCUCCCCUCAGCCCCUUGUAAAUACUGAUCUACGUUCUUUCUGUUUCUAUGGAUUUAUCUAUUCUGGAUGUUUCAUAUAAAUGAAAUAAAACAAUAUGUGACCUUUUGUGUCUUUCA